UGAAAAUGGGUGUUCAUUUUUCUUUAGGUAAAAGCCAAGAAAAAAAGAUAGAAAGAAGUUUGUGUGCUCAAAAGCAAAACAUUUUACACUUUUUCAAUCACCCCCUUAAAGACCCUUGAAAAAGUAGCCAUUGCUGGAAAUCAUAUUGUUUCUCUUAGAAUAGGAGAUUGAGCCCAACAUCAAUCCUAUUGGAUUGGGUCACAAACCUAACACAAUUAACGAAGCUUAAACCCCCACCCAGCCCUAUCAUAUUCAAACAACAAAAUUAUACCUUUCAGACUCACUGAAUUGAAGCAGAGAACGAAGCAAAUAUGAAAUUCACGGACUCACCGGUGAUACAGCUUCAAGUGCGUGAUUCCCAACUCUCUAUCCAACAAGACAAUGGCUCCUUCCACGUUGGUACCUCCGUCUGGCCUUGUUCUUUGGUUCUAGCCAAAUUCGUAGAGCGCUGGGCACCAUCUUGGCCCACCACCACCACCAGCGAUAACCCUUAUUACGACCUCCUUGAUUUUCACACCCGCCGUCGUCGCGCCAUCGAAUUGGGAACUGGUUGUGGAGCUGCUGGCAUGACUUUCCACCUAUUGGGUCUCCAAGACAUCAUCCUCACCGAUAUAUCCCCUGUUAUGCCUGCGCUCAAGCAUAACCUCAAACGUAAUAAACCCGUUCUGGGUAAGAACAUGAAGACCUCGAUUCUUUAUUGGAACAACAAGGAUCAGAUCAGGGGCGUUAAUCCUCCGUUCGAUGUGGUGAUCGCGGCAGAUGUAGUCUACAUCGAGGAAUCGGUGGGUCAUUUAGUUGGGGCUAUGGAGGCGUUAGUUUCCGACGAUGGGGUGAUUCUGUUAGGGUACCAGCUGAGGUCACCGGAAGCUGAUAAGUUGUUUUGGGAAAUGUGUGAAAAGGUUUUCGUGAUCGAAAAGGUUCCUCAUCAGGAUUUGCACCCUGAUUAUGCUUAUGAGGAGACCGAUGUUUAUGUUUUCAGAAAGAAGAAGAACAAUAACAAUUAGCAGGGUAAGUUUUGGAUCGAUUAUAUAUAUACUAAUGAAGUUUGGCAAUUGGGUAUGGAAAUUGUCCUUUUUUCUAUAGCGAAUGCCAAUAUAAGGAUAAAAUUGAACUUGUAGUCAUUGUUGCUUAGCCUGUUUGCUGCAAAAUUGUGGGCUUGGAUUGAAA